UGUCUCGUAAUCGUAGUGCGUAGUACGCGAGCAAAAGCUAACGCGAAUAAUUGAAAGCGGAAAAGCAAAGCAAAGCUAAGCUGAAACGUGCAUUGCAUAUUACGAAAUUGCAGCUGCCAGUUGAACAGCCUGCCUGCCUGCGUUUUAAGAGAAAAAAUUUAAAUCCAAGGAAAAGACUAUAUGUACACAUAAUAUGUGCAUAUAUAUAGAAAUAGUUAGCUAAAUUGAAGACAACCCGAAUGCAAGCAGCAUCAGCAGCAGCGGCAGCAACAGCAGCAGCAACAAAAACAGCAUAGGCAAGAACCAAGAAAAAUAACUGAACAACAAAAAUCUUACCAACAAUUACAAUAACAAAUAACGGCUACAGCAAACCAAGGACAAGCUAUCCACCCACGCACACACCCACACACACGUACGUCAAUAGCAGCAGCAGCAACAGCAGCAGCAGCAGCAGCAGUAAACGUGUGGAUAGAGGGAGCGGCGGAUAUUGGGAGAGCGACGAGAGUGCGGCGAGAGCGACCAAAGAUAAAAACGUACCCCAACUGCUCGCAUUCAGUCGUUGAAGCGGUCGUCGGUCACUCGUCACUCGGGUGAUAGCCGAGAGAAAAAGGGAAACGUAAAAGAAGUUGCAAGAGGAAGCGUGUGGCGAGAGGCGUGUGGCGCGGUGAGGAGGGGUGUGGAGAAGCGAUACCUAUCGAAAAGUGACAACUAAAUAUGGAUCGCUACGAUAUGGAGGAUGUGGUUGUGCCCGAGCAGGACGGCAGUUCGCCAUUAAAGGAAUGGCGCCUCAAACACCAGGCUGGCACAUUGAAUCGCAACGAUUUCAUUGACUACUUCAAAAAGGAAUCGCCCAAAUAUUUUGAUUUUCAAAAUGAAAUGGGAACAGAUUCAAAUGCACCAACUUAUGAAGCAAUGUAUGAGUCGGAUGAUGAUAACUCCAUGUAUUCUGAUUAUAUGCCCCUCGAAGAGCAAGUCCAAUUGAGCGCGAAGACUACCAAGCUGCUGCAAGAGAUCAAGCGCUUGCAGGAGUCAAAGCACGCCGUGACUUGCGGGUCCUUGAAAUGCAUGUUCAAGGAGUCGCUGGCCAAAGAGGAGAUCAUUGAUGUGCUUGUCGAGUUCAUGUUGGGCGAUAGUCCGGUGACAGCACUCGAGAAGCUACGACUAGAGGGAAACACGGCCACCGUGUGCGGCAAGGUGUUCAAAAAUGGCGAGCCCACUUACAGCUGCCGCGAAUGUGGCGUCGAUCCGACCUGUGUGCUGUGCGUCAAUUGCUUUAAGCGUUCGGCGCAUCGCUUUCAUAGGUAUAAAAUGUCCAGCUCCGGCGGUGGUGGCUGUUGUGAUUGCGGCGACGAUGAGGCCUGGAAGCGUGAUCAAUACUGCGAGCUGCAUCUGGCGAAUCGCAAGAAUCCCCUUGAGAGCAAAAUCAUAACCAGUGCCGUGCUGGAGCGCGCAGAAAUUUGCUUCAGCGCCAUAUUGGCAUUCUGUGUGAACUAUCUGGAGAUUGAGCCGAAUGCUAGUCUGCAGUGUCUGGAUGGAGAGCUCGAUGGAGCCAACUUCUGCACGGUGCUGUACAAUGAUGAGUCGCACACUUUUGAUCAGGUCAUUAAUACGCUGACAAAGAUCGCAAAGUGCCGUCACAGGGAUGCCAUGGAGAUUGUGGCUGCCAUCGAUCGUGAGGGUCGAGCCGUUGUUAAGUGUGAUACGUUCAAGGAGUGCAACGAACUCAAGACGGCCAUUGAAAAUCAAAAUAUACCGCCUAGCGGUCUGCUAAACAAUGCCCGUCACAGCCAAUCGCUGCGCACAUCAGUGCUCAAUAUCAAUUCGGUGGCGUGCCAGCAGUUUGCGCUGCAGUUACUCAGCUGGUUCCAAGAGUUCCUUGUGCGUCAUUAUCUAUUCCGGAAGACGUUCGCCACACUGGUGCAGCUUAAGAACGAAUCCUUUUGCAUUCGCCAUAUACUCGAAUACGAUGUGAAGCUAUGGAAGACGGCUCGCACCUGCUGGCAUCGUCUGCUCAUCUCCGGCAUGCUCAUGGAGUACGAGAACAAAAUGGUGCUCGCUAAGGAAUUCUCGCGACGCUAUGCGACCAUUGUGGAGGACUUUAUUAGCGAUGAUCACGAUCACUCCUUUUCGAUUGUAUCGCUCAGUGUGCAGUUGUUCACUGUCCCGAGUAUUGCUCAUCAUCUGAUCGCCCAUGAGGGAAUCUUUGACAAGCUGCUACACACGUUCUAUCACGUCGCCAUCGAGAAGUUUAUACACAAUCGCACGCUCCACUUUAGCAAGAACAUUGCCAGCAUGGCGUUCUUUAAGCGAGCCAAUUACAUACUCUACGAUUUACGUUAUUUGCUCAGUCUGAAGCCUGAAGUGCUUAGCAGUGAGCUUCGCAGCGGUUUCCUUGAGGGCUGCAAGGCUCUUAUGCGUGUCUUGAAUGUAAUGCAGGGCAUGGAAUCGAUAACUCGCCAAAUGGGCCAGCAUAUGGACUACGAGCCGGAGUGGGAGUGCGCCUUCAAUUUGCACAUUAAACUGGCCUCGACCAUAUCGCAGGUGAUCGAGUGGGCGGCCAGCGAUGUGAAGCUGCUGCGCAAGCUCUACAAGAUGACGGUGCGUGCGCUUGUGAAUAACAGCUUCAUUGUGGGCAACGAGAAGGUGGAAGCAAAGGUCGUUGCCGACCAUGUGGCCAAUUGUCUAAUAUAUGACGUAUCUACAAGACCGGUUUCGAUACAUUUACCGCUGUCGCGCUUUUAUGCGGGCAUUUAUCUGCAUCUGGGAGCGCACGACAUGACCUAUGACAUCCUUCUGGCCGAGACGGAGGCGCUGAACAUAAAGCUAACGCCACGCGAAAUUAUUGAGCCAGUGCUGUGCACUCAGGCGAUGAUUGCCCAGGUCGCUGCUGGCAUGUGGAGACGCAAUGGUUAUUCGCUCCUUCAUCAGCUAUAUUUCUAUAGAAAUGUACGCUGCCGUGUCGAGAUGUUGGACAGGGAUAUAGUUUGCCUGCAGAUUGGCGCCUCGCUAAUGGAGAGCAACGAGUUUCUCAUUCACUUGCUAAACAAAUUCAACAUGAUCGCCUGGGCGCAGCCCGAAUACGAGUUUGGUCUGGCCCAAUCACCGGUGGAUGACGAGUUUAUGCGCCAGCUGUCUAUGACCGAUGAGUUCCUCGAGCUUCUGAUUGUCAUUAUUGGCGAGCGUUGGAUGCCGGGCGUUUCGCUUGUCAGUGAGGAAGAUCGCUUACGCAAGGAGAUCAUACAACUGCUCUGCACCAAAUCUUACUCACACUCGGAGCUGUCGCGCGCUCUGCCCGACGGCAACAGCGGCAGCAACGACAGCAUUAUCGAGGAUGUCAUAAACACGGUGGCCGUCUUCAAGAAGCCCGUCGGCACCGACAGCAAGGGUGUCUAUGAGCUAAAAGAGCACCUCUACGAUGAAUUCAACGUAUACUUCUACCAUUAUACCAAGGAGGACAAAUCCAAGGCCGAGGAGCUGCAACGUGAGCGUCGCAAGGCCAAAAAACAGCUCGUUUGCUGUCCGCCGCCAAUGCUGCCACAGUUAACGCCGGCCUUCACCUCAAUGGCCAACAUUUUGCAGUGCAACGUGUUCCUCGAGAUCACCACGAUGGUCAUGGAUCGUGCAUUGGAUGCGCGCAGUCGUUCCUUUACCGAAAGUCAUUUGCAGAAGGUGCUGCAUCUACUGGGCUUUGCCAUACAGGAGGAGAUAAGCGAGCAUUACCCGUUCCUCAGCUUCUAUGAGCGAUCGCAAAAGUAUUACGUGCUAGAAAAACUGGAGGAGUUGGCCCGUUGCCCACGUUUGGAGGCUCAUCGCGAUUUUGUAUUGUGGACCAUUAAACGGUACAAGGAUCUGCAGGCAAAACAGGCGCCCAGCGUCAGCUCCUCGUCGGCAGCUGCUGGCUCGGGCAGCAGCCAACAGCAGUCGCAGCAAGGCGAGGAUCAGCCGCUGUCUUCCGAGCAGCAGGCACGCCUAGAGAAAGAGGCCCGGUCACGGUUGGCCGCUGAGCGCCGCGCCAAGAUUAUGGCUCAAAUCGAGAAUGCACAGAAGUCCUUCAUGAAGUCCAAUGCAGAAAUGUUUGCCAACACAAACGAUGAGGGCACUGCAGGUGCAGCGCAGAAACCAAACGAUUCUAUGAUGGAAUGGGAGGAAAUACCAGAGUCACUGGAGGAGCAGGGAGCUGCUGCUCUAGUGCCGGAUACUUGUAAGACAGUAGCCUGCCUGGGCCCACAGCGCAGCCAUUAUGAGGCGGGCGACAACAGCUUCAAGUGCAUUCUUUGCUUUGAGGACUGCAGCAUCACCAGCAGCGGCCCGCCGCUGGUCAGCUCCGCUUUUGUGCAGACAUCGCGCGUCAUUUUCACCACGGCCAUCCCUGAGGGCCCGAAAUCAGCGCUGCACGUUAGCUGCUGUGGACAUGUAAUGCAUCACAAUUGCUGGAAGGAGUACUACAGCAGCGAGGAGUCCAAGGAGCAGCGCCGGCCGCAACGCAAUCGGGUGUUGCCAAACCAGACGCAGAACGUAGAGUUCCAUUGCCCCUACUGCCGCACCUUGAGCAACACAGUGCUUCCAGUCAGUGAGGCAUUGCCAAAGUUCUCGCCACCUCCACCGCCAUCGCUGACGCAAGCAGCCGAAAACUAUAUGCCGCUUGACAGUUUUGUGGAAAUGCUACUUAUGAUCAGCAAGUUGACUUUGGAAGGAUCAUCAAUUGCGCUAAUGAACUUGCCCAAAAAAUUCAGCAUUAUUGGCAACAUGUCCCAGUUUGAGCGUAGCGCACAGAUCAUACAAAAGCCUACCUUGCAUAUUAAUUGGACAGAAGUGAUGGGCUCGUUCCAUACAGCGCUACGGAACGCCAUGCAGAGCCAGCUGCAGGGACACCAGUCAGAGGAUUCGCCAAAUGCGGACGAUAGCGAUCUGGACACCGUGUCGCUGCUGUGGGACACCUGCUACUACACGCUGCAGUCACUAGAGGUCUAUCUAUAUGCCAUACAGAAGCCCCUGAAGGCCGAACUGCCCAUGCGGCAUCAAAGCUGCGUUAGCAAUUUGGUGCGUGCCUGCGCUCUCUACUCAGUCAGUCUGAAAGAGCCGCAGAUCACCAAGCAGAGCGUGCAAGGCGCCAAGCUGUGCGAGACCAUAUUCAAUCAGAAGGGCACCAGCGUCCUGGAAUGGGACUGCUUCCGAAUGCUGGUACAGCUCAACUUUACUGUGCCCAAUCUUGUCGCCGCCGAUGUGCACGGCACUAUAUGCAAUCAAUUUCUAUUUACAGAGAACAAGACAAUGUUGCCCAGCGGCAGCAUGUUUGACUAUUACAUACUGCAGACGUGUUUCCUGGCCAAUAUAACGAAGGCGAUCAUUUGCUUUGACUACGAGGCGGAAGUGGCCUCUCGCUCGGAUGAAGAUAAGGAGAAGCAGUUGACAGCGAUGUUGCAGUACGUGGAGCAGCUGCCUACUAAGAUCAGGCAUAACAUGGCCAGCUUCUAUGUUAAACACAAUUUGGCAUUCGGCGUUCGCCAGUUCGAGCGGAAUGGGCAGCCGAGAGAAGAGUAUGAAGAAAUGGAUAUGGAGAUGGGAGUGAGCGCGCUAUUGGACGACCCGGUUAAGUGUCUGGCUCAGUUGCUGGAGUAUGUGCGCCGCCAGAUGAGCUCAUUCCUGCGUAGCUCCUGUCUCUUCUAUCGCUGCAUUACCGAUAUCGAUUUUCCUGAUUCGUUUCCCACUGACCAGCCUGAUCGUUUCGGCUUGAUGUGCCAGUACCUGGGCUUGGAUCCUCAGCUGGGCGUGUAUUUUGACAUGGAAUCGGUGUACGCUCCCAUCAUGCAGAGCUUCGCCUCGCAUCCCCACAUAAGGCGCGAGCUCAACGAGCGCUGCGCCAUCAAACAGGCGACGCCCGGCUCAUCGCAGGCGCAUUCGAAUACGAUAUCGAUAGUGCCAUGUCAGCGGCCGUUGCCGCGUCUGGUGACGCUAUACGAGGAUUACAGCGAUCUUAUCAACAGCGUCUCGGACAUCUUCUGUCCCAACAACGAGCGCGAGGAGAUGAAAACGCCGACCAUGUGCUUAAUAUGCGGCACCAUACUGUGCGGUCAGUCGUACUGCUGCCAGCCGGAGCUGGGCAAGACGGCGGUGGGCGCCUGUACGCAUCACGCCCACGAUUGCGGCGCCGAGGUGGGCAUAUUUUUGCGCAUACGCGACUGCCAGGUGGUAUACCUGGGCCGUGGCAAGGGCUGUUUUGUGCAGCCGCCCUAUUUGGAUGAGUACGGCGAAACGGAUCAGGGGCUGAGACGCGGCAAUCCGCUCAGGCUCUGCAAGGCUGCCUACGAUCGCAUCUUUCUACAGUGGCUGGGACACAAUCUGCACGAGGAGAUUGCCCGUCUUAAUGAGCAUGCGAAUGUGGCGGUUACACAGUGGCAUCACAUGUAGUCCGCAUGCUCCCUAAUUCAAUACAAUGCGAACAGCUAUAAAAAUAUCGAUAGCAGUUGCUUUAGCGUUAACGUUAACUAUAACGAUAACGAUAACGAUAACGACAAGGAUAGCAUUGUCAUUUUCGAUAACGAUAGCAUUAUCGACGAUGACAAAGGCGGCGACAGUUAAUGUGAUUAUUACAAAUUAGGAGAGCAUAUUUUUACGUCUAAGCAUUUUACUACUACUUAUCCUGUGUGCGCCCCACCCACAAUCACAAGAAUAACCUACACACCCAUAACCACAACCACACAGACACUCCACCAAACCCAGCUCGGAUACAUCCGCAAAAGCUAGCACCCCAUCAAUCCAGCGCCUUAUCCCUGGAACCACUUAAAUAUUAAGUUGCGUGUUUGGUUGUUGUUUUU